UCAGGCAGUGCUAUCCCCGGCGCUGCGCUGCCCGCUCGGCCCCGCUCCAUGGAGCCGGCGCGGCGCUGGAACGGGCUCCAGCGGCAGGAGCGGCCGCAGCCCCCGAGCGGAGCCCCGGGCACCGGCACCGGCACCGGCAGCGCCGAUGGCUGGCGGGGAGAGCGGCCCCGCAGCGAGGAGGACAACGAGCUGAGCCUGCCCGGGCUGGCCGCCGCCUACACCUCCAUCCUGCGGGCUCUGGGCGAGGACCCGCAGCGCCAGGGGCUGCUCAAGACGCCCUGGAGAGCGGCCACGGCCAUGCAGUUCUUCACCAAGGGCUACCAGGAGACCAUCGCGGAUGUCCUGAACGACGCCAUCUUCGAUGAAGACCAUGAUGAGAUGGUAAUUGUGAAGGACAUAGACAUGUUCUCAUUGUGUGAGCAUCACCUCGUUCCAUUUGUUGGAAAGGUACACAUUGGUUAUCUCCCCAACAAACAAGUGCUUGGCCUCAGCAAGCUUGCUAGGAUCGUGGAAAUAUACAGUAGAAGAUUACAAGUGCAGGAACGCCUCACCAAGCAGAUUGCCAUCGCCAUCACAGAGGCCCUGCAGCCCGCGGGGGUCGGCGUCGUCGUGGAGGCCACGCACAUGUGCAUGGUAAUGCGCGGGGUUCAGAAAAUGAACAGUAAAACAGUAACCAGCACAAUGCUGGGGGUGUUCCGGGAGGAUCCAAAGACCCGAGAGGAAUUCCUGACUCUCAUCAGGAGCUGAAACUGUGUUACCCUCUGGAUGCCCUCUGGAUUGCUCUGUCCGUGUCACUGUCUGUCCUUGUCCCACAUCCCAAUCCUAAACUCACUUGUCGUGAAUUGUUGUCAUAGUCUUUGUGCAGUGAAGGGCUUCUGGUGGCAAAUGGAAAAUGGAAGAGGUAGGGGUGAGGGAAAUCCUCCUGGAUUUCCACUGAUGCUGAUGUCACAGAGUUACAAGCCACAAAUAGGAAUUUGGAAAUGUUUUUCCAUUCAUAAUGCAGAAUAUCCAACUGUCAGAAGAGAAGUGGGGCUUAGGAGUGAAAUGGAUAUUUAUGAAAUAGUUGUGUUUAUUAGAAUAAAUGUGGAGCAGCACAGGAAACAGCUGAAAGGAUGUGGAUCUUUGUAGGAUUGGGAUUAUCCCAAAUUUUUGGACUUUGUUUUAUUGCAGUGGCUGUUUCAAUCUCUGGAUAUGUGUGUUAUACCUCUGAGAUGUUACCUCUGGUGUGUUUUACAUCCUUGCUAGUAUCAACCUUCUUUUUUUGUGGGUUUUGUUUGUUUGUUUGUUUGAGAAAUGUGUAAACUCCAUUUUUCCUAUCCUCUUAACAGGCAGGGAAUUAACUUCUGAAUUAUUUGGGGCACAGCCCUGUCUCUGUACAAAGGGGUUUAUGCACCUUUUUCUCUGUGCCUCAGAAUGUCUGACCACUUGAACUGUCAGUUUCUUACUGUUUUUAAGGCAACUUUGACACAAGAGAGGAAAAAUCCCUGCAGAGUCUGUCUGCAGAGUACUGAGGUAUCCAAAGAGAUUUUUAAUGAUAUUUAUACCUUGAGCUUUCUUUCUUGGAUUUCCACGGGUUAGACUGAGAAGCUGAAAUCAGUCUGAUAAUGUGAAAAUGAAGAUUUGCAAGCAUUCCAAGGUUUCCAUUUCCAAUGCUGGACCAAAGGUGAGCACGAAAUCCUGAGCACAGCACAUGGUACCUCCCCUCCCUGCCCACAGGUUGGGUUAUUUCAGGGCAGAGUAACCUGGAAUGACAACAGCUCAUUUCAUAAGAGCAGCUGAGAAAAGCAUUUCCAGGGCCACCAGAAUGAAUCAAACCACUUUUUUUUUUUUUUUUUGUGUAAGUGGCAGAAUUGGUACAAAAAGUUUCAGUCCAGCUGGACUUGGCUGAACUUCUGCUUUGUUACCAUUUUAAUGGGUGUUUUGUAACUCUUAAUUGGGAAAAGAUGAGGAGCAAAUGAAAACCACCCUCCUCACCCUGAGCUUGCAAAACAAAUGUCAGCCAGGGGGGUUGGAUGCCCACAGGUUCCCAGGGCUCUCUCUGCUUUGCUGGGUACCAACCCAAAAUGUCCUGUACACAGGGGCAGCUCCAUCUCACCAACAUUGCCCCAGCCCCUGGUGGAAAUAAAAUGAAAAUUGUGCCUGGUCAGAUUGGGCCUGAAGAACUUUGUUCAAGCAGAACAAGCUCAUGUGUUUAAUUACACUAAUUUUACUUUGAGGGCCUUCACAGCAUUACUGGAAAAAACUUUUAUAACAUCCUCUGUCCUGGAUUCUGUAGGAUUAGGUGCUGUCCCAGUGUUUCUGGUGUAAACAAGCUGUGCUGCACAUUGCUGAACACCAACUCCCUGGCAUUUGUUCUCCUAAAAAAUUGCCAGUUUUCAGUUCAGUAUCUUACAAAUAUCCAGCUGAAAAGCCUUAAAUCUUUCUUGCCUGAAGUUGGCAGUAAGCCUCUCUUUUAACUCAACUGGAAGGAGAUUUUGAGGACCAAAGGGGCACACAGCAGUGCACUUAUUUCUCUUUCCUUGCUUUAGUUUGGAAAUUAAGUCUCUGUAAAACACUGUCUUGCUCCUGAGGCACCAAAAAAGUUGUGUUUUAACCACUUAUCUCUAUUCAGGGUAAAGUUCACGUUGCACCACCACUGUUUUUUAUUUCCAUGUGACCUGCAGUCCUUAAAACACACCUCUCUCUACUCGUGGCCUUGGAUUUUGUUCCCAUUUCUGCUGUUGUAAGUCUCGGUGCAUUUUUUGGAGCUUUGGCAUUGUUCAAACCCACGAGCUUUAACUACACCCUGUGUGUAAAUAUGUAAAGGAUGUACAGCCCCUGUUGUACUGCUCACCAGUGCAUUGUCUCUGAAACAUUAAAGCACAGUGUUAUCCUUUGGA